GUACGCCAUUUUCAUUUUAUAGAGAAUCGCAUUUACAAUAAAUUUAGUGAUUUGCGUCUUUUUUAUAAAAGUGAAAAUAUAUUAGAAUAACUUUUUGGAAACUAAACCGGCGCGUUAAUAUACAAAAAUAUAUAAAGUACUCUUUGCCAGAAGUAUACAAAUCACGCUAAAUUAUGAAUUCUGUUUUGUUUGCUUGUUCGAAAUGCUUUUCGAGGCAUCCAUUCGAGGAGUUGUCUGCGGGCCAACAGCUAUGCAAGAAUUGCCGAGGAACUAGCUCAGUUGUCAAAUGUACUUAUUGCCGCACUGAAUUCCAACCAACAACAAAAUCUCAAAGUGUCUGCAAGAAAUGUGAGCACUGUCUCAGCAAGUAUGGCAAACCCAAUGCCUGUGAAUGCUGCAAGAUCGUGGCGGCGUUUGGAAACUCUAAAUGCGUAAGAUGUGCAACCUAUGAAGCAAAAUAUGGCCCACCGAUACAAUGUGAUGAAUGCAAGCAGCGAUGUGCUUUCGAUAAGCGUGACGAGAACAAAAAGGUUAACGGCAAAUUACUUUGUUGGUUAUGCACCAGUUCGUUUAAACGGGCUCUUAUAAAAGCUCAACAGGAAGGCAGAAUAUCAUCCAAGAAACGACCGCAUGAAAAAACGCACCGAGACAGUUCAACGACUUCGACUAAAAAAACCUCGCGGCCGUCUGCAGAUAUAAAAAGUAGCAGCGGCGGUGCUGGCGGGGGAAGUAGUGCUGCUAUUGCUUCUUCAGGUGGAGAACUGCCUGAGAAAAUUACUCGUACUGGGUCUGGUGGGAGUGGUGGAAAUGGUAGUGGUAAUGGCUCUGGAAUUGGUCUGGGCUCUAUAGCCGCACCAGCUGUUAUCACAAUCGACCCUAAUUCAGCAGAUCACGUAGUGGCCAUGACAAACUUAAAAGAACGAAUCGCCAGUCUAGAAAAACGUCUUCAACAAAAGGAUAAAGAAUUACUAGAAAAGGAUAAAUUGUUGACAGAACUGAAGGGCAAAAACUUCGAAAAAGAAAUUGAAAUGCGCAACAAAGUGAAGGAAAUCGACAGAUUACAUGACAUGAAAGUGGAGAAUCUUAAUCGUAAAAUUAGUAGUAUAUUGAAAGAGUUAGCGUCAGUGAAGAAGAGCACAAAGAAGAAUGGCACAAGUGGAGGGUCAAACGCCAAGGAACGUCAAAGUGAGCGUGAGAAACGAGAAAACCUUUCUCCAAAAGAGGAACUCGUUGAAGACGAGCAACAACGUGAAAAGGAAGUAAAGGAGGAGAAGAUAGAAAAGGAUGAAAUCAAAAGUGAUGAAGAGCAAGAGCGCGAGGAAAAGAGAAGUGUUGAAUCUGGUUCGAAUAGUCCGUCAACAAAUUGAAGGUUGUAACAAAGGAUACAUUAGUUAAAUUUUACAAUAAAAUUUCACGAGUAUAUGCAACGCUUUCA